AUGUCAGAAGAACAAUCAAACGAAUUUGAAGAAUUAAUUAAUCAACUUGAAAGUUCUAUUGAUGUAUUAGAAACUCAUGAAAAAAUGGAUUAUGAAAUUCCAAAAUUAUAUUAUAAGAUGGUGUUUGAGGAUGAAUUAUCAGAAGAGGAAAAAGGAUUGGCAUUAAAAGGAUUGGUAUUAUAUUUGAAUUACAAAAGAGAGUUUUAUGAAACAUUUAUUAAAAGUCAUUUAGAAGAUAUUUAUAUUAAGUUACCAUUCUACUUUGAAAGACCAUUUACUGAUUGGACUUUAAGUUUACUCCAGAAAUCGAUCCAAGAUAAAAAACCAAGUGAAGAUAUUAUCAAUAAAAUAUGUGAUACUAUAUCCAUGGUAUUAGAUGAAGAUCAACAUCCAACAAAAACAUUAAAUAAUGGAUUUUUAUUGAUUCAUAAAAUUCUAGUAAUAUACUCUGAGUGUAUUUCUAAUAUUAUACAAAGUGAGUCAUUCUCAAGUGGAAGAUUAACUCAAGGACUAAUAUUAGAAUUAAUAUUUACUGAGUAUAAAGAGUCAAUGUACUCUAUUUGUCUUGACGUUUUGAAUAUUCUUUAUUCUCAAAAAGAAGCUGAAAAAUAUCUAUAUAUUAAUGAUCUCAAUGUAAUGCUUUCUGAUGUAUUUCCAUCAUUAUGUAGACAAAAUAAUUAUACAAAUGAUGUGGUAAUGCAUAAAAUGUGUUUAACCCUUAUUGUUCUUCUUAGAAUUGCUAUUAACCAUUCAACCUAUGAAGAGAUUCCUGCAUUUAGAGAAUGUUUGGAACAUUUAGCAACAUCACAAGAUGAUACUAAAUUAGUUAAUGAAGUAUUAGACUUAUCAACAUUAAAUCAAUAA